AUGGCAGUCAAUUAUGCGCUUGCGGCGCUACGUGUAGCAACCCAGCACCGUCACCGUUACCGAUACCGACAACGCACCUUGGGAAGACGGAUCCAUUGUGGGAAGGAGCACAGCAUACACUUGCGGUCCCGCCACGCGUUCGUGCCCUGGAAGUUUGGACGUCGAGAUCUCCGAAUUCCUCCACAGCGGCGACCCUUUCGUCGAACACCUCGCUUGGCUCGCUGCACAAUCGCUCCACGACACAGAGGCACCCAGAGCCGUGCUGCCACCCGAAAUUACACUCUCAUCUCUGCCAAGCCCCUCGAUACCAAAACACUGUCCGAUUCCGACACUCAGAGUGACCUACCACACGAGGAGUUUGACUGGAGCUCGGUCGUUCCAUCGCCGGACCCCAGACAUGCGAUAAUCGAGGCCCUGACUUCAACGCUUUCAAGUGCGGUGCCUACGAUUGCCAACAACACGGUUUUGGAGGCCUUUGAGUUGACGUCGCUCUUGGCUGCCCCGGAUGCCGUUGGGCCUGUUCUCCAGACACGACUCGGACAGGAACUACGAAUGUUGGCGAGCGAGGCUGUCACUCGGGCUCUUCAGCAAGCAAGUCCGGAAUUGACGCUGGCUCUGGCGUCAUCCAACGAACAGGCGGCGCGAAUACCGACGGAUGCAAGAGGCGGCAACCAUACGAAGGACCGUUGCUGCCCAGAAUGUAGCAAAACCAUGAGCUACGGGUCAUGGUAUGACCACGUCCGCUCGGGCCAUACCGGAAGCACCUGCCGGUGGCCUGGUUGCCAUGUGGCCACGGCCAGUGAGCGGGAACUUCGACACCACCUCCGCGACCACCACCGGGAUGCGCUGAGCGCGGUGGCUCCCAGUGCGCCCGAGGACGAGAAGCAUCACUGCACCUGGCCUGGAUGCACAAAGACCACGGGAAGCAAAGACAGGAUCUACAUGCAUUUGUAUGAGCACCAGGUUCUGGCUCGACGGGAAGGAGACGCUGCUCUGAACGGCGUCUAUGCUGCGAACUUUGAGGUGCGGGGGUUGAUGAAGGAUGAGGAUGGAGAUGACGGCGCUGUGGGAGAGGUUGAGGACAACUCUUGA